AUGAGGCAUUUGAUCAUAUUGUCCGUGUUUGCCGUUUCGGGGUAUGCGGCCCCUCAAGGUUAUUCCUUACCUCACCCGUCUGGAGCUGGAUCUUCCACAAGACCAAACUCCCAGAUUGGAGAGGGACUUACAACAGGUUCUGGCAUUUCUUCUGGUUCGACAGGCCUGUCUACUUUAUCGGGAACUACUAGUGGGCUAGGUCUUAAAACAGGACAAGGACCCUCAUCUGGAAUUAGUGUUUCUUCUGGAGCUUCUGUACCCGGCAUUUCUUUAGAAACAAACGCUGCUUCAGGAGUGGGAAUCAAUGCAGGAUCUGGUGUCGACAGCAUUAUUGUGUGCAAGGAAGGAGAAAUUCUGCAUGUGGAUGGUACUUGUGUUGUUCCAGAAGUAUCUCGAAAAGUUUUCGUUUUUGAUGUUCCUCAACAGGAGCAGCUGACAGGUCCCCCACCAAGUGUUCCACCACCAAAGGUGGAUCACAACAUCCUCUUCGUGCGUCUUCCUGAAGAGGGUCUCGGACCUGAACCCAUCGUGGUUCCUCCACCAAGACAGAACAACAUCGUCUACGUACUCAACAAGCAAGGAGAACAGUCCCAGAGAGUAAUUGAGGUACCUGCUCCUCCACCCUCGGAGCCUGAGAUCUACUUUGUGAAUUACGAAGAGGGAGAAAACCCAACUCUUCCAGGAGGUGUUGAUCUCCAUACUGCUCUUGGUUCCGCUGCUGAAACCGGUGGUGAAGUCAUUGGUACCAUCGGCGAUGCUGGUGUAGCAAGUGUUAGCGGAAAUACUGGCCUUCAGGGUAGCGUAGGUGUAGGCACCGGAGUCGGUGGUAUUGGGGAAGGAAGCACCGGUCUGGUCGGCAACAUUGGGGGUGGAAGAGUACAAGAAGGAAAUGGAGCUGUAGGUAUUGCUGUUGGAGCGACGAAUGAUGUAAAUAUUGGAGUAACUCAGAGUAAUCAGAAUACGCCAUCAGGUCUAUAUAGUACCCCAUAG